ACGGACGUGUUCUAGUUAGUUCAGUUUAACUUUAUUUUCGUGCUUAUAUCCCACUGAAGUUCAACCAAGCUGUCCUGGGCACACACCCCAGUGUUCUAGCAUUUAAAAGUUAACAAACAGCAAAAACACAUACGGAUGUACAGUUCCUGAGUUGUUUGUGAUGGCAUCGUGGGUUGAAACGAUAAAGGCAGGCACAGAGCUGGUGCAAGCAACUGGAUUAUUUGCUGGUGCUGUUCACCAAACGGUUGACCUGAUCAAAAAUACAAAUUCUUCAAACCCAGCCAGAACGCAAGAUUGCCAAAGCUUCAGUGAAACUCAGAACCAGACACCAACCUUGCAAGACCAUGAUGAUCAAAGCAUCAGUUAUAGCAGGAAUCAACAUGGUGCUGAACACCAGCGUCACAGACGUCGUGAAGAUCACGGGCACGCGAGUCAAUCACACAGAGACUUUGGGCGUGAUAGAGAUGUCUCUUCAGACGAAGAUGAGACUGGCUCUUCAGACGACGAUGAGACUGGAUAUAAAGGUCAAAGUGGAUGGCACGAUCGACAAGGUCACGGCGGCCAGUCGCAUUCCGGUCGCGGACAUUACAGAGGUGGCCACCACCAAGGUCACGGCGGCCACCAACAAGGUUACGGCGGCCACCGACAAAGUCAUAGCGGCCAGUCUCACUCCAGUCGCGGACAUUACAGAAGCGGCCACCAAGAAGGUUACGGCGGCCACCAAGAAAGUUACAGCGACCACCAACAAGGUUACGGCGGCCACCACCAAGGUCACGACGGCCACCAUCAAGGUCACGGCGGUCGAGGAGGACAUCGCUCAGGUGGAGGGUUUGAAGAGAGAGGCCGUUCUGGACAUGGAUCUGGUGGAGAACAUCGAGGUGGGAGAGGACGAGGAGGUCAUCAGAGGUCAAGGCCUAGAGGAGGUCGAGGUCAUUAUCACCGGAACUAAAACAAGAUCUAGAGGAGGUCGGGGACAUCAUCAUCGGAACUAAAACAAAAUCUAGAGAAGGUUCGGGGCAGUAUUGUCAUCGCAAGCCAAGAGCGGUGGUAGCCUGCGCAGAGAUUGUGCAAGCAACAGGAAUGGUGGUUGGUGCUGUUCAGCAGACGAUGGACCUAUUUCAAAACAAAGACUCCUCAAACACAGAUACAACCCAUGACCAGACGUCAUCUGUGAAAUACCAUGGCGACGGAAGCAGUAAACGCCAUAAAGAUCAUGUGCAGAAGAGUCACAGUAACAGGCGACAUCAGUCGGGUACGGAGCACCAGAUUCACCACCACAGAGGUCAAGAUGACAGCAGGCACUCGAGUCGAUCCCCCGCAGACCACGGGCGUGCCAUAGGUUUCUCUUCAGAGAGAGGUCAGGCUGGAUACCGAGGUCAUACUGGAUAUCGUGACCAGAGUGGAUGGCAAAGUGGACCAGGCAGAGGCGGCCAGUCACACACCGUACGGGGGCAGUUUAGAGGUGGCCACCACCAAAGUCAGGGCGGUCGAAGGGGAGGUCGCACUGGAGGAGCGUCAGAAGAGCAGAUUCGUUCAGGAAGUAAAUCUGGUGGGGAGCUCGGAGGUCAGAAGGGACGAAGAGGUCAACAGGGCUCGAGAUCUCGAGGAGGCCGGGGACAUCAUCACCGGAAUUAGAUCAAAGUUUUUUCUCCAAAAUCUGGUUUUGUUUGGUCCUAAUGUUAGGCCCAAAACGAUGUUUUCUAUAAAUAAAACUUAAUUUGCU